AUGAAUAGCCCAGACAUUACUAACCAAGAUCUCUUAAUUAUUCAGGAACCGUAUAUUAAUUUCCUUCGCAAUACCCGUGCCAGCCACCGCUGGCAUGUACUAUAUCCAACUAACCAUUUCACAUGCCCACAGGAACGAUCUCGCGCCAUAACCUUCAUCAACUCCUCACUCGACACGAACACAUGGAAACAAAUCUUUUUCCCCUCAUCUGACAUCGUCAUAGUCCAAAUAUCCGGCGAGUUCGGCAACUGCACGAUUCUCAAUAUAUACAACGACUGUACCCACCAGAACACCUUGAUCGCAUUGGAGGAGUACCUC